UACUAACUCCAGUAGAGGCCUAACUAACUACCUGGAUCCAUUAUGUCAGAGGACAUGGAUUUAUUCUGUUUAUAAACCCGAAGUGUUAUUUCGUACUACUUAGCCUACAUGUAAUAUUUUAUCCAAACAAAACAGACUAAUGGAUGAUGUUUUGCACUUUAUGUUGUCACUGGUGUUUAAUACGGAGUAAACAUGUUUCAUCUCAAAGAAAUUAUGUUGUUGCACGUGAUUCUUCACAGUUUUGGAGCCGGUAUGGCCGAGGAUUCCACAAAUACCAAAACAGGCAUUCAAGAGGGAGGGAAGGUGGAUUUGUUGCAGCAGCUGUGCCGGGUGGCAGGUAACAGCACUAACGUCUCCUUCUCUACGGGGAGCCAGAGAUGUCUAACUCUUCAUAUGGGCAUGUAUGCCACUCUGGCAAUGCCAACACAGCAGGCAUUUGGACCAAGGUUCUCUGAUGAGUUCAGCGUGCUGCUGGAGGUGCGGGGGGUGCAGAAGGAGGAGGUGAGCCUGCUGACCCUGCUCAGCCCUCAGGGUCACAUCCAGCUGCAGCUGCGUCUCAGCCCACACGCCCUCAGCUUCGUGUCCACGCACCACCGCCACUACGAGUUUCCAGUUGCUUCUCUGACGGACGGCCAUUGGCACCAGGUCUCCGUGGGGGUGUCGUCCCACUGGCUGGCCCUGUACACGGACUGUGUGCUGGUGGAGAUGGUCAGUUGGAACUUCCCAGGACAGGACAUCACCACCGAUGGACUACUGAUGGUUGGAGGGAUUCUGGAGGGCUUUGAGACCCCAUUCGAAGGAACCCUAAGACAGAUGACCUUUGUGAUGGGCGACCCCAUCGCUGCCAGAGACCACUGUCUCCUCCAUCAGCCUGUGUGUGACGGAGGCCGUCCCAAACCUCCACGCUCCCCCAGGACCCCUCUACCCAUACACAGCCUCCAGGCCCACGAAGAGCCAUCUGGUGACUUGUCAGACAUCCGAACCAGCGGCCUGACGAACGACACGGAGAGCCCCACGGCUGUAGAGAAAGGGCCUGGGGAUCUAUCACCUUCUAGAAGCAUCCCCAAGCAUGCAGACAACAUUCCACAAGAGAAUGUAGAUGUGGUAGUUGAUGAAAACCCAUUUAAGGAGUUUUCUAGCCACACCAGAGUCCAAACCUCAGACAAGAAAGGAGAAGACCGAUGGACAUUCCCCAGAUCCUCCCUUGAUGACAUGAUCGACCUGGACUCCAACACCCACAAUCCCUCUGACCAGAACACCUCACUCCGUUCUGAUUCCAAGGUUCUGAUGGAGGACAACUUGCUGCUGCCUGCUGGGUCGACAGUGGAGGCGGUCUCAGAGGAGCGGGGAGAGACCGGCAGAGGGUUGGCCACACAGAGAGGUCUGUGGGAGAGUGAAGUGGAAACAUCCUCUGGUCCUCACCACCCUGGAACAGAGACGGUGCUGCCCAGUGAGGGGGAUAUGAUUGUGGGAUCUGACAGUAGGAUGUACAGGCUCCUGGGUGGACCUCCAGGGCCUAUCGGACCACCAGGGAAAAGAGGGUGUGCUGGCCAAGAGGGCUAUCUUGGGUUUAAGGGUGACAAGGGAUUCCAGGGUGAGAGGGGGAAGGAAGGCAAGCAGGGUGAGACAGGUCCUCCGGGGCCUGCAGGACUGCCUACUCUCUACCUGUGGAGGAACUCAGAGGAGGACUGGACUGCUUUUAGGCGAUCGACGUUUUUCCAUUUGCUGCGGGCGGGCUGGCCAAUGGAAGCGGGACCCCCCGGGUCGGACGGGCAGAUGGGCAGGCCUGGACCUCCAGGAAUCCCUGGUGACCACGGAAACGACGGAAUGCCUGGUGAAAGAGGAGAGAUGGGAUCCCCUGGGCCAAAGGGUGUGCCCGGGCGAGCGGGGACCUGUGGCAGAGAUGGCAGCAACGGCCUGGAUGGCCAGUCUGGCCCACCAGGACACCCAGGGCUCAAGGGUUUCCCAGGGUAUAAGGGAGAGGCAGCCUCUCCUGGUGAGAAGGGAGAUGAGGGGUUUACUGGUGAAACGGGUCCACGUGGAGAUCGAGGGAAGACUGGAGAGAAGGGUUCUAAAGGGGAGCAGGGGGACCCUGGAGCAGUUGGCUCACCUGGCCCAAUGGGAAAAAGAGGCCCCCAAGGGCUCCCAGGAGCCCCUGGACCUGAGGGAGAUUCUGGAUAUGAAGGAGCACAGGGCCCUCCAGGGUCAGUGGGAGCUCCAGGGGUCACCGGUGGCAUCGGAGCCCAGGGGGUGAAUGGCUCUGAGGGCGAGGCAGGCCCAGCUGGUCCAGCAGGUCGUAAAGGCCCUCCAGGUCCGCAAGGGUUGUUAGGAGAAAGAGGGCCGAUUGGACUUCGAGGACCGCAGGGAUAUCCAGGGAAGGGGGGCCCUUCAGGUCUAAAAGGUGACACGGGGGAGGCGGGGCCACUGGGCAUAAAGGGCUUGCCAGGCAUUGACGGAGCCAUGGGGAUGCCUGGAAUCUGGGGUCAGCGGGGGAUACCAGGUGCCACUGGUUUUAAUGGAGUGGACGGAGACAAGGGAGACCCUGGACCCAAAGGAGACCAAGGUCCUAUUGGGGCUCCAGGGGUCCAGGGCCCUCAGGGGUACAGAGGGCAGCUGGGCCUGACGGGUAUCCCUGGGAUUAGAGGCAAGGCUGGUCCCUAUGGCAGCCAGGGUGAGGAUGGAGAUAUUGGCCACCAGGGGAUGGUUGGAAAAGAAGGCCUAAAGGGCCAUAGGGGACCUCUUGGACGACAUGGGAAGAUAGGCCCCAAAGGACCCAAGGGCCGUAUGGGACAGCCUGGUCUGUUUGGUACACCUGGACUACCGGGUUUUAGAGGCAGCGCUGGGAUAGAGGGAGCAGAAGGAAAGCCUGGUACACAGGGCGUCUCUGGUUCAACUGGCGCGUCCGGACCGAAAGGAGACAGCGGGUUUCCUGGUCUUGGGGGAGCGACAGGACAGACAGGGGGUUCCGGUGCUCUGGGGCAUCCAGGAACGCCAGGCCACAAUGGCAGUCCAGGACUAUCUGGUGAGGGGGGCUUCACAGGAAAAGCAGGAGUUGAGGGCCCCCAGGGGCCAGUGGGCAUGUAUGGAUACCCUGGAGCCAUGGGUUUAACAGGUAGACCAGGCAACAUGGGAGAGAGGGGCGACCCUGGUGUGAGAGGUCUCUCUGGUCUACCCGGGAAGAUUGGACCAUCGGGGGGGCUGGGACCUGUUGGGGAGAGAGGGCCCUCUGGACCUCAGGGGCAUCAAGGAGAAACUGGGCCUAAAGGCACACAGGGAGCACUUGGCCCCCUGGGCCUGCCAGGCCCCCAGGGCAGUGUUGGGAACCCAGGCCCCCCUGGGAGCCAGGGAGCUCAGGGACCAGAAGGGCCACACGGACAAACGGGGGUUCCAGGUCCUUUGGGUAUGGAUGGAGUGCUGGGGAAGACUGGGGAAAAAGGAGAGCAGGGAAUGCCAGGGCCUAGCGGUGACAUGGGGCCAUCUGGACUGGAUGGGCAGCAGGGUCUCCCAGGACCAGCUGGGGAGGAGGGGCCACCAGGGAGGAAAGACGAGCAGGGAGAUCCAGGACCCGAUGGGAAAGCAGGCCCCAGGGGCCUCCAGGGGGAGCCAGGCCCACAGGGCUCCCACGGGGCGCAGGGGGAGCCUGGGCCAGGCGGUACAGAGGGAGAGAUGGGAGGGUUCGGCGGCGGUGGGGAUUCAGGUCCUAAAGGGAAGAAGGGGGAUGUGGGGCCUCGUGGAGCGUCUGGUGCAGAGGGGCCCCCGGGGACCCCAGGUAAAAAUGGGGAGAGAGGACCUAAAGGAGACCAGGGCUACAGGGGACUACAGGGUCAAAGGGGCUUGAUGGGGAAGGCUGGGCCCUCAGGUCUGUCUGGACUGAUGGGUUUCCCAGGGUAUUUUGGGACUCCUGGGUCUGAAGGAGCACAGGGACAGAAGGGGGAGAAGGGGUUCUCUGGUUUGACUGGCUUUUCUGGAGCCCUUGGCCCUACGGGCAUGCCAGGCAACAAAGGACUGAAAGGGAACACAGGCAAACCGGGACCACAGGGUGUAGGAGGAAGCCUGGGAAGGCUGGGAGAACUCGGUCCCAAGGGCUUCCUGGGACCUGAAGGCCCCAGAGGGGAGCCAGGAGAGGAGGGAAAGCCAGGGGAGCAGGGUGUAGAUGGGGAUGAAGGCAGCCUAGGGCCCUCUGGAGCUCCUGGGCCUGAGGGCCUGUCAGGGGAAGUGGGACUUGAGGGGGGUGUCGGGCCUCCAGGACCACUGGGACCUAAAGGAAGGUCAGGACCUGAGGGAAGACAAGGACAGAAAGGUCAAAAGGGGGAUGAUGGCCGGGUUGGGAACCAAGGAAAAACCGCCCACAUUGGAAAGAGGGGGAAACGAGGGAAAACUGGAGACAGAGGCUUAAGGGGAAUGACAGGCGAAAAGGGGAAGAGAGGAGAUUUGGGUGCAAUUGGGCCACCAGGGAGAAUGGGCUCUUACGGAACACCUGGCCUACCAGGAGAAAAGGGAGACAUUGGCGUGAAAGGUGUUAUGGGGGAGAAAGGCAGUAUGGGACUACCUGGGCCUCUCGGAGGUCAGGGGCUGAAGGCAACACGGGGACCUGUGGGGAAGAAUGGAAGAGAUGGCCCCAAAGGGGAUCAGGGGAAUAUUGGUCCGACAGGGGGGUGGGGGACGCCAGGUUUACCUGGACUUCCUGGUUUGUUUGGAGUAAAGGGCCUGAAAGGAUUUGCCGGACAAACAGGUGCUGUUGGACAAAGAGGAAUGCCUGUAAGUAUGCCCCAUCUGCCUCAUAUCCACCUGCAGGUGAAUAAAAAUAGUUUUCCAUCCAUUAUAGCAACUUGGCAUGGACCACCUGGGCCCCAGGGAACCUCUUUGAACCUCACUCUUACCAAACUGAGGGGCGUCAUGUACAUGUCCGACAAACCCAACUACGUCCUCGUCCAGAGUCUUUUAGACUCCCUGCAGCAGGAUCUGCGUUUCUUCGUGGAUCCACCAGAUGGCACCAAAGAACACCCAGCGACCACCUGUCUGGAGCUCUGGUUCUCCCAGCCCAGCUUGACCAACGGGAUGUAUUACAUAGACCCUAACCAGGGCAGCCCUGCAGAUGCACUUCUCGCCCACUGUGACUUCACAGCUGAGCCGAAGACCUGCCUGUCUCCACUGCAGCCUCAGGUGCCGGUAAAAGCUUGGCUGAAGGACUCUGGAAGAGAUGACUCGUUUUACUGGUUGAGUGCAAUGGAACAAGGCUUUCAGUUUGAAUAUCCAGGAGCGGAUGUGGUGCAGAUGAGGUUCCUGAGGCUGAACAGCAGGUUCUCCAGCCAGAACAUCACAUUCUCCUGCCAGCAAGGGACAAGGCAGGGAUCCCUGGAGAGAGAAGUCAAGUUCCAAGCCGACACACGAAGAAAGAGCUACCUGGGGACUUUACGAGACUGUGUGCCUUCUGAAGAGCUCCUCUCUGGAUCGCGUGAGUCAGUGUUCCAGUUUGAGAGCGAAGACCUCGAUAUGUUGCCCCUGAGAGACCUGGGUGUGUUUGGCAACCGUGACCUCAUACAGGAGUUUGGCUUCACGGUCGGGCCUGUGUGCUUCAGCUAGGAAACACCUGCUGCCAACCCGGGAUCGCCACAUCAGCCAGUGGGAAUAUGACUGUGAGACAGGCGAAAAGGCAUUUUUCCUCUUGGGAUGUUCUUGUUGCCUGGCAAGACAAAGCAGAAGUACUGUAUCAAUGGGAUAAUAUGUCUCUCUCAAAUUCCUUUUACUUUCAUUCCAGAGGCAUGAACUCUUUCGAGGGUCCAUUUCCAGAGACUCAAAGUUCUUUAAAAUUACAUUGAGUAAUGUACAUUGUGUUUACAUUUAUUAGAUUUAAGUGGUGCUUAUUUAUGUUUUUUAAAUUGAAAGUGUCCAUGCAGUUUUUCUGUUUUAUCCAGGUAAGGUUGUUAUACCCCUGCACAGUGAUGACCGCAGUCUUCUUGUACUGUAAAUAACUUAUAAUUAAACAAUACUUAACAAUGUGUCCCAAAUUGGACACUUUUUACUAGGUCUCUCUCGCUGCAAAACCUUGCACACACAUUAUGAUCAUUAUGACAGUACACAUCAUGAAGCAUCAGGACAUUCUGUGAUACUCCUGUUAGCUGUAACUGAGAAGGAUGUGCUGGCAAUGCAUGCUGGUCUUUUUCCCGCCAAUCAUCUUAACUGUUCAAAUGUUGGGAAAUGUAUAUGCUCUUGUGUUUAAAAGCCCAGGAUGGGAAGUCAUACUUCAAAAUAAUGACUUAAAUGAAUAAACGAAGGAAUGGGUGCUCUUCUAUGUCACAUGAAAAAUAGGACUGAUUCGUUUCACAUUUGUAUCUGUUAAUAUGCAUUGGAGUUAUUACACACUGUGUACAUCUUGCACCUGUACCAGCAGCGAAAGGAAAUCAGUUUUGCUAAUCAGGGUGAUUCUACAUCACACAGUGAAUGUCUGCGUUAGUGUGGAGGAUGGAAUGAGGCCUCCAGCUGAUGAGAAUAAUUGUGUGGUAUAAGACGAUGCGUUGAUUUCCUGAUAAUGAGUUGAAUUAAACAAG